AUAAUAAACAUCCAGCAACGAUAAAGUCCUAUCAGAGGCUGAAAAAAGUUCUGCAUAAAUUGAUUAAAUUCUACAUUAAGAAGUUUUCUUUUUGAAUUGUUAAUAAUAAACCAAAGCACCACUGUUACGCAAUGUCAAAAACCUGCUGUGUUCCGGAGUGUCCACGAAAUACGAAAGAGCCCACGGAUCAGCCCGGCAACUUUCAUCGUUUUCCCCAUGAGCCCGCCCGGAUCGCGGAGUGGAGCAGCUUACUGAGUAUACCCGUGCUUGCUCCGAGCCGCCCCCACCAGUCUAGUCUGUUUGUUUGUGACCGACACUUUUCAUCGCAUCAGUACGCCUCGAGAAGUCGUUUGAAGUCAAGUGCGGUUCCGGAUUGCCAUAUUCCUGCUUUCAAACAGGAGAAUAGUAGGUUAAGUAAUGAAAAUGAUAAGCGAUCAUCGGCUAGUAACGAUAGUUUGAUUGAAGAGGCUUUUGCGCGAAACGAGAACUGCGAUUUUGAUCCACCUCUAAUUUUUUUAAAUGACCUGAACAAGAUGUGCCGCUUAUGUCUGACCACAGAUAACGACGAAACGUUUGAAUCGAUUUUCGAAAGGGACGGUUUCGUAGAUUACAUUCAGCAGGCGAUUGGGCUUGAGGUACAACUAAACGAAUAUCAUCCUUACAAAGUUUGUCAAACGUGUAUCGAACGAGUUAAUUACAUCUACCGCAGUCGGGAGUGGUUCCACAAGAACGAUCAAUUUUUACGAUCAAUAACGGAGCAGCUGGUUCUCGAAGAAAACACCGAUCGUAGUACGAAUGGAAGUGUAAUAAUAAUAACGGAACAACAUUCAGAAUUAUUGCCCGAAACUUGCCCUGAGGUAAUAGACACUCAAAAGAUCAAAGGAGACCAUCAGCCAGAAGUAGAAGACAGUCUAAAUUCGUCCGAUAGUGGCACACAUCCAAUAGAUGACUGCUCGUCGGAUGAGAUGCAGAAGAAGCGACGUCGAUGGCGAUCAUUCACGGAGCAGCUGGCCCUUGAAGAAAACAGCGAUCGGAGUACAAAUGGAAGUGUCAUUACAAUCCCGGAAACUUGUCCCGAGCCAAUGGACACUGUUCUGAUCAAAGAAGAACGUCAGCCAGAAGUAGAAGACCGCCCAAAUUCGCCCGAUAGUGACAGGAAUCCAGUCGAGACCACGACAGCUGGCAGCUCGACGGAUAAGGUGCAGAAAAAGCGACGCCGGUGGUGCCCUUAUCCUAACCCGAGCUUGUCCCAACAUCAACUGGAGAAGUCUCACCACUUCGACACGAGUGACAAGCAUAAGAACAAUCUGAUCAAAAAAAUGGCCGAGGCGUUCAACGAGAUGCGCAAACAGAAUUGAGAAGUGUUCUAGAGGGAAAAAUAUAUAAGAAACAUGUAAAAGUUCUAUCUGACCGGAUGCAUCCUAACUGUUGGUAAUUUUUUCAUUAUAUGUAAGAUCUUUGUUGCUUUCAGUUCAAAACACAAUUAAUAAUU